AUGUCUCAGGAUAUCGUGAAAAAGAUUUCAAGCUGUUUAGGUCCUAAUAUCCCAAUUGAAUCGGUUGCACAGGGUGCAGAGGCCGUGGUAUUCAGCACCACUGUCCAUCCAUACCACCCCAAUGCCGGUACCGACAAAAAAUACAUAGUCAAGUACAGACCACCCAAACGGUAUAGGCAUCCUUCUAUUGAUCAAGCAUUGACUAAACGUAGGACUUUAGGUGAGUCACGUCUGUUAUCCAAAUUAUAUCUAAUCGAGGGCCUGAACGUUCCAAAACUGAUAGCCUGUGAUCCAUACAAUGGCUGUAUAUGGCUCGAGUUUUUAGGACAAGAGUUGCCAAAUGGCAAUGGUUUCAGCAAUCUGAAGAAUUUCCUAUGGAUGUAUGCAUCGAAAGGCUACAAUCCUCAUGAUAAUGUUGUUAAAGAGACUCUACAUGCUGUUGGGCAGCAAAUCGGAUUAUUACAUUGGAAUGACUACUGUCACGGAGAUCUGACCAGUUCCAACAUAGUACUUGGUAAAGUAAAAGAUGGUUGGAAAGCGUAUUUGAUUGAUUUUGGUUUAAGCUCGACCUCCAAUUUAGUAGAGGACAAAGGCGUUGAUCUGUACGUGUUAGAAAGAGCAAUCAUGAGUACACAUUCCUCCUAUGCUGAUGACUACAAUGCAUGGCUACUUGAGGGGUUCUCUCAAGUUUAUCAGAGUCAAGGUUCAAAAGGUGAGACCAAAUUGAAGGAAGUUCUGAAUAGAUUCAAUGAGGUAAGGCUUCGCGGUAGGAAGAGGAGUAUGAUUGGAUAA